CAUAUUCUAGGCUUCUACUACCACACAUCCUCCUCACAUCUCUCUGUUCCACCAACAAUGGCAGCAGCAACCGCCACCCUCACCGGCACCACCUUCCUCCGCUGUCAACAACCAACCACUUCCCUCUCCAUCUCCAACAAACCAUCAGCCCUUUUUGGGCUCAACAAGUACUCCACCUCCAAAAACCAUGGGGUGACCAUGAUGGCCACAUACAAAGUGACCCUCAUAACCCCAGAAGGAAAGACAGAGCUCCAGGUCCCAGAUGAUGUCUACAUUCUUGACCACUGUGAGGAAGAAGGAGUUGACUUGCCAUACUCAUGCAGGGCUGGCUCAUGCUCUUCAUGUGCUGGUAAGGUAGUAUCUGGCACCCUUGACCAAUCAGAUGGAAGCUUUCUUGAUGAUGACCAAAUUGAACAAGGUUGGGUGCUCACUUGUGUGGCUUAUCCAACUAGUGAUGUUGUCAUUGAGACCCACAAGGAGGAGGAGCUCACUGGUUAAUUUUUUUUUUUUGUUUAAUAUAUGAUGAUGGCCGGUGUUAUGAUUUUUAUUUAAUAAAAUUAUGGAUAUGGAUGUGUUUUAUGAGGAUAUAUAUAUAAUAUCAUACGUAUUAUGUAAUGUCAUGUCUUCAAACUUUAAUUGAAUUGCAAGUUUUGCUA